AUGGCACUGCAAGAAAACAGUUCAGAAACAAACACCUUAUCAACUAUGAAGAAAUAUUUGAAGUCAGCAGUAGCUUCAUUCCGUAAUCUAUUCGUCUUCUCUAUGUCUAUGCCUUUCAUCGGCGGUUUGAUUGUUAGCUUCACCUUUGCGAAAUAUGCGGUGGUGUCUAUCUUGAUGAAUUACUUGACAGAUAUAAUGGGUAAGGACGACCUACGGUUAGCUGCUGUUGUUACAAUUCUGCAAGAUGUUCUAUCAUCUUUCUUUGCUGUUGCUGUUUGUUUAGUCUCAGAAGCAUACACGGGUUGCUUCAGUACGAUCACAUUAUGUGCUACGGCUUCACUCAUGGGGAUAAUGCUACUGUGGGUAGAUGAGACAUCAGGUUCAUUUUCGGAUUCACAAUACAUCGUCUAUGUAGCAAUAGUGCUCCUUGCGUUAGGGGGUAAUGGCAAAACGCUUUCACAAAAUUUUCUUGAAUAUCAGUUGCGAGAGAAAGCGAAAGCCAAAAAAGAAAGCGCGCAGAACACAGAAUCCAACGACGUGGAUGACAACAUUCUCACUAAAAUUUGGGUGUUCGUUCCACGGAUUAUUGGAUACAUCACAACAACUAUAUUUGUCUAUGCAUAUGAAGGCAAAAUGUAUGUGCACAACUUCCAAUUUGGAGCACUUCUGAUGGGAGCGACUUAUCUGUUCUUCUACUUUGGAUAUCCAUGGUAUAGGCAUGAAGAAUUUGGUUUUGAAAGCAAUGCACACAAGAUAUAUAGAGUGUGCAGAACAGCUUUGAGGAGGCGCAAAUUCACAUAUCCAACAUCAUGGGAUGGGUAUUACUGGAAGACUUAUAAGCAGCCAAAUUUGCCUGAUCAUAAUGGUAAGCAACUAAGAUUAUCGCCUCAAAUUCCAAGACUAUUCAGGUGGUUGGACAAGGCAGCUAUAGUUAAAGUUGGUAAGAGUCCCCAUAGAGAAGAAGAGAAGGGGGAGCUAUGUGUGGUUAAGGAAGUGAGGGAAGUGAAAAGCCUUGUUCCUUUGAUCUACUUGGGGUAUUUUACCUUCUUUGCUUAUAGUUUACUUGUGGCCGCUGGCAACACUUUCUUUGUAGCACAAACAACAUACUUGCGAUCCAGUUUUAAAACUGAUAAUGAUAUUACCGUUCUCUUUUUGAUCCAAUCCGCUUCGCUUCAUUUUUCACAAUUCAUAUGCUUUCUACUCAGAUUUUCAUUUCCAAACUUGAAAAAAGCCAACAGAAAAGCAGCCACAAUUACAAGGAUUGGUACUGGCCUGGUUUUUGCGGUAAUUUGCUGCUUAACAGCGUGGAAGGUGGAGGUUCGUAGAUGGUCAUUGAUAGAAGAAGAAGAAAAAAAAAGGGCACUCCAAGACCUGGAAACAAUUAACAUGACUACAAUUACCUUAUUUCCACAAUUUAUACUGUGGGGAGUAGCGGAGGGACUUGCUCAAAAUGGGUUAACGAUUUUAUUCCAUGAACAUGUAGCUGAAUCCAUGAGGACUUUUGAGGAGUCCUUCAUUGAAUUGGGGAUUGUAUUAAACAUUAUUUUCCUUCUCUUCUUUCUGUACUACUCCUUAAGAUAUACUUACAAGGAAGAAUAUAAGGAGGAUGAAAAAAUUCCGACGGAGGAUGAAGAAAUUCCGACGAAGGAUGAAGAAAUAAUGACGGAGGGUGAAGAAAUUCCGACGGAGGGAAGAGUGAAUCAUGCUCAUCAUAUGGACAUAGCGGAAGUGGCCACAGAAGAAAUUCCGACGGAGGAUAAAGAAAUUCCCAUGAGGAAUUAA